UCAUGUGUCUGUGUAUUUAACCGCCGCGAUUAAGUACUGCUGCACCGUCCUUUGAAAUGCCGAGUCUUACGACUUUCCUAUCUGUAGCUCUCCUGGCUUCUGUAGUGUCUGCUGUUGGCAAUACUUGCAAGACUGGAAAUGUGGUUCACAAGCCAGUAAUCGAUGGAACGCCUGUAUACUUUCCAGCUACAUGGAGAGAAGACAAAGCGGCACCGGCUCUUGCCAAGGACCAAUCGUGUAGCUGGAUGGUCACUAUUCCCCAAGGAUACUAUGCAAAAUUGACGAUUAGUGGAAAAAUGGGUGAUAAGCAUUCAUACUUCCAAACUGUUGACUGCACUGGAAACGUUGUUCAAACAAAAUUGGAGACAAAGCAUCCAUAUUACUUCCCAUCGCCAAAGUUCACUCUAGUUGUGUCGAAUGAAGCAGCUGCCACGUUUGCAUUUAAAAUUGAAUGGGCUCCGUAUACCACCCAAAUAUCAUACAUCGCCGGAAUUGGAAUGCAGCCACAUGUCCUUAAUAUCACACAGGAUCUGUUUGCGGCCGAUUUCAGUUCAGACAAAGUUGCUCUUUUCGUCUCUCCAGCCGAUCCAAAUGACUAUUAUUCCCUGAGAAGCUCUCUUGUUUUUGAGGGACAAGAUUACAAUGGAAACUUUGUUGCAAACUUGUACACGCUCUAUGAAACGCACCAGCAAUGGGUUUCUAAAGGCAGCAUGGUCUAUAUCGUAAACUUGGAGGCCAGCAACAAAACCGACAUUCUGUUAGUUCAAGAUAUACAAUAUGCAAACUUUGUUGACUACGUCGAACUUAACUGUUACGGCGUGUCAACAUGUUCCGCUUCUGUUGAUGGUGGUGAUGGAAAAUCUGCCGUUCUUUCUUUAUAUGCCUCCCGAAGCAACGAAACUUUGGUUGAUAUUAAAAUGGACCCGAGUGCAACAAUGAAAGUCUACUACGGAUCUGAAACUGCGUUCGGCUUUGAUUCAACAUACAAUGGUUCAACAAUCAAUUCGCAACUUCCACUCACGUUCUACGGCGAAGAUGUAACUCAAUACGUCAUUAGCAAUGGCAAAGCUACUCUUACUUUUAAUAUUCCACAAUAAUUUCAAAGCAUAAACGGAAGUAUACUGCCAUCGACGUAUUAAACAGUUUUUUCGUUUUUUUAAAAUAAAAGUUAUGCAGUCCAUCA